CACUACUGAACUAAGACUUUGUCACUCUGUUGACAAUUGCCGGGCUAUUUUCGGCUACUUUUUCUUUUAAUGUCGGUCAUUUUUUUUUCUUAAUGACUUCUUAAUAAAUCAAGUGAUUGCUCUGCAGUUGCUCAACGCAACCAUUUCCUGCAACCUUCUUGGCGGGGGAUAUCGGGUGUGUCGUCGUUUCUCAACACCCAAAGGGCCGAACGUUGAGGAUCAAAUUAAAUUCUCUUUGCGCAUGCGCCCCGCCUGAAGCACACGGAAGUGUUGGAACGGUUUCAGAGUAACGCUGCUCAAUCUGUGUAACUCAUGGCCAAUGCUGAGGUGACAGUCCCUAUGGGGGACGUGGUUGUGAUUCCCAGUGACUGUAUUGAGGGGGAAGAUCCAGAGGAUACCAAGACACAGGUCAUUCUGCAGUUGCAGCCCAUACCUCAUGGGAUUUAUGGGGAUAUGUCUGACACCAAUGCAGCUGUUGUUUCACUGGAGACUCACACCUUAAAGAUGGGUGACACCCUAGAUGGUGGCACGGUGGAGCUGAGUGAGGACAUUGACAUUGCUUACCCAAUAACAUGUGGUGAUAGCAAGGCUGUCUUGCUGUGGAAGAAAUUUGUGUGCCCAGGAAUCAACGUUAAAUGUGUUAAGUUUAAUGAUCAGCUGAUCAGUCCAAAACAUUUUGUUCAUUUGGCUGGAAAAUCCACCUUAAAGGACUGGAAGAGAGCCAUUCGUCUUGGGGGAACAAUGCUAAGAAAGAUGAUGGAUACUGGCCAAAUUGACUUCUACCAGCAUGACCAAGUCUGCACAAACACAUGCCGCAGUACUAAGUUUGACCUGCUGAUCAACAGUGCUCGUGCCCCUGUACCUGGACAGGGUACUAUAGUGCAGACUCCCAGCACUACAGAAGGCAGCCUUUCAUCUGUUACUGUAUCAGAACAGACAGUGGAGGAUACUACAGUUGAGUGGGGCCCAGGUCUUACUGCCACCUUGCAGAUGAACAGAGAAGAGAUGACCAAGGAGGGGGAAGAGAUAUCUGAAGAAACACUGUUGUUUUGGAAAGGUAUCUCUGAUGUGGGGCUAAUGGAUGAAGUAAUAAACAAGAUUCACAAUGAAAUUGAGGAACUUUUAAAUGGUGUCCAGCAACGAGCGGGACAGAUUCCCUUCCAAGUGUCUGAUGCCACUGCGCUAAAUAACGUUGCUCACAGCUUUGGAUUAUUGGACUCUGUGAAAAAAGUACUGGAACAAAAGAAGAAUCAAACCGAACAGAGUGAAGAACAAUAUCAUUAUGCAUUAGCAGAAUUGGAGAGGCAGCUAGAGGAGCAAAAAAAGCAAGAGGGCAGCAAGUCCCCUCUCCUUCAAAAUGUUGUCUUGAUGCCUGUGAGCGCACAGAAACCACCCAAGAGACCACGUCUCCAGCGCCCAGUUUCUGCUGGUUCUAUAAACAACCCUUCCUCCCAGCCCCACUAUACUGUAUUGUCCCCUUUAACACUGGCAUCAAUUGGUCAGCAAUUCUCCUUGGGUGGGGUACGCUAUGCCACUCUACUGGGUAAAGCUGGAUCCGGGGAUACACUGGCAGUACUCACAACAGAUAUGCAAGAAUCGGGUGAACUAACUGGGGUAAUGAGCCCUGUAGAGUUGGUGGCCAUGGAUACAGGACUUGGUCAAGAUGGGGUGGGUGAAGAAGGCCAAACAAUCAUACAGAUAGAUCCAGCACCAGACCCAGAGGGAGGAUCUAAAGUGAUGGAACUGGGAGAUGGAAAAGUCCUAGGUGUUAAUCCUGAUGGAAUACACAAUGUGGAGAUUGUGGUCCUGGAGGAUGACUAGAACUGAGGGCAGUUUGUGAAUGGUCCAACCUAGAAAGAAACAUAAUUUGGUGACCCUUUGUGGUUAGCCCUAAGGAGAAUCAAAGUAAAAUAAAAUAAAAAAAUGUAAGUUUCUGGUAAGCUCAGUAUACCUCUACAUUUGAGAAUGAACUUUUUGAAGUCAGAAACUGUUCUGCUAGACUAAACUGAAGGAAAAUAAAAAUGACAAGCCUAAUUCUCCUUUACAACAUUUUCUGUAUAUAAAGUGUGUAAAAACAUAAAAAUGAAUGUAGAAAGUUAUUGAACUUUUUUGUAUUAAUAUAAAUUUCAGUGAUACAUUA